AUGGCCUCCCCGACGCUCCGCACUCUUUCCGGGCUGCCGGGAGAGCCCACGCCGCUGAAGGACUCAGCCCUGGUGAUCAUCGACGCACAGCAGACAUACCGAGAGGGAGUGAUGAAGCUGGAAGGUGUGGAGCCCGCUUUGGAGGAGUGCGCGGCUUUGUUGAAACGGGCCCGCGCAGAAGGUGCUACAGUGGUGCACAUCCAGCACGAUGCUGGGGAGGGCUCGCCGUACGACCUCACUCAACCGGUGGGCCAGAUCGCAGAGCCUGUUGCACCCGUAGCUGGGGAGGAGGUCAUUGUGAAGAAGGUGCCCAACUCCUUCCAUGACACGACUCUCCAUCAGUAUCUCCAGGACAAGGGCGUCAAGUCCCUGGUGCUAUGCGGCUUCAUGGCUCACAUGUGCGUAAACUCUACGGCCCGUGGUGCGUUCAACCUUGGCUACGCUUCCACUGUGGUGGCGAGCGCAACGGCAACACGUUCCCUAGCAGAUCCUAUCACCGGUGAGCCUGUAGAGGCAGCCUUGCUGAAGAAGAGCGCGCUGACAGCCAUCUCCGACGUUUUCGCUGUCAUUGUGCCUACGGCUGACAAGCUGCCGUAG